CGUCACCGUGAAUGUUCCAGUAAAGCCAAUCGACAGCUGGUCAAGAGGAAUUCGCCGUCGUCUUCUGGUGGAACCGACAAAUCUUCCAGUAAAGCCAAUCGACAGCUGGUCAAGAGGAAUUCGCCGUCGUCUUCUGGUGGAACCGACCUCCGAAUCUCUUCACCCAACACUUCCACUCGAAAUGGAACUGGUCAAGAGGAAUUCGCCGUCGUCUUCUGGUGGAACCGACCUUCGAAUCCUCGCGUCAGCAUGAAUCUUCCAGUAAAACCAAUCGACAGCUGGUCAAGAGGAAUCCGCCGUCGUCUUCUGGUGGAACCGACCUUCGAAUCUCCUCAACCUAAUCGACAGCUGGUCAAGAGGAAUUCGCCGUCGUCUUCUGGUGGAACCGACCUUCGAAUCUCUUCACCCAACAGCUGGUCAAGAGGAAUUCGCCGUCGUCUUCUGGUGGAACCGACCUUCGAAUCUCUUCACCCAACACUUUCACCUGAAAUGGAAGUAAGCUCAACUAUGUCUCUUUAG